UCCAAUAGGUCAAUUGGGGGAAGAAACUCAAGAAGCUAGAAAUAAGGAUAUAAAGAGAUGUAUCCCUACUAGGGUUUCCCUAGAUCAAAUUGCACUCACUGUGCGUCAAUUUUCUAAAUCUGUAUUCCACUGUGCGACGAAGUGUAAGAAAAUUGACAGCAGCUGUCAAAAAUCAUCUGACAAUCAAAACAUUGCACUUUUCAAACAUGGAUGAAAAAAAUGGGGCUGUUUUUCACCCUAUCAUUAGCUGUAUACAAAAAAUGGCAUUAUACGAGACAAAAUCUAAAUAUUACCUUGUGGGUUCAAAUAACACCCAAACAAGGUUUAGAGUGAUAAAAAUCGACAGAAUGGAGCCUAAAGAUUUAAUUUUAUAUGAUGACAAGGUAGAAUAUACAGCAGAAGAAAUAAAAGAUUUAGUAAACAUGAUUGAUUCUGGUAAUCGGAACAAAUCUAUGAAUAGUGGUCUAUCUAAAGUAAUUUCGGCAUUUGGGAUUGUUGGUUUCAUAAAGUUUUUGGAAGGUUAUUACAUAGUUCUAAUAACCAAAAGACGUAAAGUAGCUGUUGUUGGUCACCAUACAAUUUAUAAAAUCGAAGACACAAAUAUGAUAUACAUUCCACAUGAAUCUGUAAGAGUGAUUCAUCCAGAUGAACCCAGAUAUGUUAAAAUGUUUCAAAGUAUCGACUUGGCAAGUAACUUCUAUUUCAGCUACAGCUACGAUAUUACACAUACAUUACAACAUAAUUUAUCACACCCCAAACAAUUUAUACCCAAUAACCAAGAAACAAGUGAAUAUAUUCUCCCUGAAAAUGUAAAUCUCCUAAACACAUCACUUGUAAAUAACAAUAAAAAAGAAAGUCAUUAUGGUAUUCGUAAUCACCCCAAUAACAAGUUUGUCUGGAAUUUACACCUAUUAAAAGAGGUGUUGCAAGCUGAAUUGCACCCUGAUUGGAUUUUGUAUAUUACACAUGGUUUUAUUGGGCAAUCUAACAUAAAUGUUUUUGGUAGAAGUUUGUAUAUUACUUUGAUUGCCAGAAGGUCCAGUAAAUAUGCUGGUACAAGGUUUUUAAAGAGAGGCGCUAAUUUUCAAGGUAAUGGUUGGAUUAUGAUUGUGGAAAUUUGUUAUGGGGAUGUCGCAAACGAGGUAGAAACUGAACAAAUGGUUCACGAUUCAGGCGUAUCUACAUUUUCUAAAAGUCAUUUUACAUCAUUUGUACAGAUGAGGGGGUCAAUGCCAGGACAUUGGAAACAAGAAAUGGGUAAAAUGGUGGCCAAGCCAGCCAUAACAAUAGAUUUUUAUGAUCCAUAUGCAGAAACAGCCGGUGCUCAUUUUAACGAGUUGUUAAAAAGAUAUGGCGCUCCUAUUUAUAUAUUAAAUUUGGUCAAACAAAGGGAAAGAAAAAAACAAGAGGGUAUUCUAAGCGACGAAUUAAGUUCUGCUGUAAAAUAUUUAAACCAGUUCUUACCUGUUGAACAUCAAAUCGUCUACAAAACUUUCGAUAUGGCGCGAAAAAAUAAAGGCACAGCCAACGUCAUGCGCCACCUUGCGGACAUAGCGCGUAACGCUGUGAUGAAAAUCGGUAUUUUUCACAACCAACCGAAAUAUUACAGCCAGAAUUCCGCGACGGUGGUUGGUCAGUAUGAAAACCAACAUGGCAGCUUUCAGACAGGGAUAAUACGCACAAACUGCGUAGAUUGUCUCGAUAGAACAAAUACUGCGCAGUUUGCCAUUGGGAAAUGCGUACUGGGAUUCCAACUCUGCGCACUAGGCAUUUUGGACACUCCUAGUUUGGAAUUUGAUACUGAUUGUGUAAGGAUGUUGGAGAGUUUGUAUGAAGAUCAUGGGGAUACGUUGGCAUUACAAUAUGGCGGUUCUCAGUUGGUCCAUAGAAUUAAAACAUAUAGAAAAACUGCACCUUGGACCUCUCAAGGGAAUGAUAUCAUGCAGACUUUAAGUAGAUAUUAUAGUAAUACUUUUUCUGAUGCCGAAAAACAGAAUACUAUAAAUUUAUUUUUGGGUCUAUUUAAACCAGAAGAAUUCCAACCACAGUUAUGGGACUAUACAAGUGAUUAUUAUUUUCACCAUAAGCCCAUCAUUGCAAGUGAUAAGUCACUAACCCAGUGGUGGGAUAAUGGUGUUUUACAAUGUCUACCUUACGCUUACAAUGACUUAACAAAAGCAUGUUCAGAAAUAAUACAACUACACUCAAGAGAUGUAGAAAUGAUUGAUUCUUACAUGGACUAUUACAAACCUUAUGAUCUAUGUUUACUAAGCGAUGUAUAUGCGACGCAAAUUAGCAAUUCCAUAAGGGAUUUCAUGCCGAAUUUUACCACAAACUACAGUCCAUUCUCGUUGAGGGUGCGACCUGUACGUAGAAGGGAAGAUAAUAAGAAUAGCGCAAUGAAAAAUCCUUCGGUCACCGGACAGAGUUCUACAAGUUCGGCUGCUUCUAGUACUAGUUGCAGUUCUGACAAUGAAGAGUCAGCGGAUGAUGAUACCCACUUCAGUAGUUCACAGAUUUCAUCGAAAGAGUCCAGUCCUGACCCUUUAUCUUUCAAAAAUUUAUUCCCCAACAUGAAAGAUGUGUAUGGGACAGAUUUAAGGGACCCAAAAUACGCUGACAUCUUAACAUACAAAAAAUAUGUUUUAAUAGGCAAAAAAGCCAAUGGUACGGCAACAAAUAGUUUUACCCCUAUAACAAUAGCACUGAAAACACAGAGUAAUUUUAACCAAGAUACCACUUAUAAUGUAAAACCUGUCACUGUAACUGAUAAAGCCAUUGAAAAAUAUAAUAGUUACAUAAACUUAGGACUCACUGGGGGUCUUACACCAAAGAAAAGUGAUGUGGACAUUUAUAAGAAUUAUGCUAGCUUAUACUAAGAUAUAUGAUUUUAUAUAUUAAUGUUAAGAAUUA